UGGGACUGUAAUAACGUGUACUCCAUAUUAAUUGUGUCUAAUAUUUUUUUGUGGAUUCAUAUUCUAAGCAAGUUUUAACUCGUCAAAAUGUUGAUAUAUUGUGAUCUGGAGACCGGCCCGGGAACCUACCGCAAAACAAUGAUUGUAAAAAGUCAACAGGAGGUCAACAUAGAGCCAGAGUCCAGCAGCGAGUCUUCGUCAGAAGACGAAUCGAUUCCACCAAUGGAUAGUAUGCAUAAAUAUUACUAUGACAAGGCCACUGCGGGAUCACUUGUGCAGAAUAUGUGCAAUCUAUCGGUGGAGUCGGAAGAUGAUGACGACGAUGAUUUAACCCCCACACCCGCGCGCAAGUCACCACCACAUCCGUUUGAAUCGGAAGACUAUUCUGAAGAUUCUGAUUCCGAUAACUCCGAAAUCGAAAAGAAUGAACAAGAAACGGAGAGCGCUGACGACUUGGUGUUCAAUAAUCCAACGUGGUACGAGCAAAUAAGGCAAUACUUGGCUGAACGAGUAAGAGAUGAUUUGUGGGAGAAAACACAAUGGAUUGAUAAAUGUUAUUGGGACGACUCAGACGACGCUGACGCUGAUGCCGAUGAUGACGAUGCACCUGCUCCUCCUGUAUUUUUGGAUCACUACUCUAUCCAACUUAUUUAAAAAAAACCGUUUGAGCUAAUUUUGUUAUAUUAUAUUAUUUUAUAUUUUCUCCAGAAUCUCGCGUUUCUAAGCUCUUAAAUUUUCAAAAAUCUGUUAGAGCUUUCGAGUAGGGUAAUGGGAACUUGAAGAGAAUUUAAUAUUUGUUUGGAUUCAAUCUUUUUAAUAUUAUAUAAAGUUUUUAAAACGUGGCAAUGGAACUUGGAAAAACAACAGGCAUUUUUCAUGUAUCUUAACUAUAUAGAAUAAUAUAUAUACAUAUUUAUAUUAUAUUGGGCUUGGAAAACCCUUGAUAAAUAGGGAUGUCUUUGUGAAUAUAUAAAUAGAAAAAGUCUGAUGUACCCAUGAGGAUCAUCUACUUAUAACGAAAAUUAAAUGUUCAGUCUAACUCUAGAAAUAAAAAGGGAGAGAAUAUUAUUUUGAUGGCUUUUGGAAUGUUUUUUUCUUGUUUUCAAAUAAAUUUUACAAUAAAUGAGCCUCGUAGUUAGCCUUGUAAUAUUGACAAUGCCAGCUGAUUUUACAAUGAAAUAUGAGGUUUCUGCUAGAGAUAUCUCACAGCAUGAGUUCUUAGCUUAUCAUUUUGAAUUGCAAGCAUUUUAUUAGGUUCAGGUAAACGUAAUCGAGAUAUUGUUUUGUAGAUAUAAGUAAAAGAUGAUAAGCUCUGAGGAAUAUGCGGAAUUGAAGUUCGAAGAUCAAAAAUGGCGACUGUAUAUGUAACAUCAUAAAUAGAUGAUUAUCAAAUAUAUGAAAAUGUUCCCUAUUCUUAAUAUCAAAGUAGUGUGUAAAUAAGAAGUAUACAUACAUAUAAAUCUAAUUUUUAGAAAUUAAAUAUAAUUCAAUUCUGUCUAUAUCUAUAAUUUUAUUUAAAUUUAAUUUAAAUAAUUUAGUGAAAUUAUUUUCUCAUAUUAUUUUAUUAAAAAAAAUAGAUUUUGUAUGCAUUUUUUAAAUUAACUUUCACAAUAUCAUUUAAAAAUCUUCCGCCUAAAACAUUUUUGUAUUUGUAUUUUUUAUCUAUAUUAUAUAAUAUGUAUAUCGCACAAUGGAAAGGACGAAUAUAACAUUACUAUAAUUCAAUAUUGCAAACAUGGCGCGCUACUUCUCAAACAUUCCAGUCUGAAGAUCAACAGCUAAAUGGCUGCAUCAGAUAAUUUCUGUCUCGUCAGGUAAAUAACGUUGAAAUACGUCGAAUGUUUUAUGUGUAGCUUAGAAAAAGUCGAACAUGUUUAUUACCUUCUCUCAUGUAAUCUUAAAGUUAAUCAAAUUGUUAUUAAGUAGUUUUAGAACAUUGAAAUAUAAUACAUUAUAGUUAUAAUAACAUCAAUAUUGAAUUUCAAAUAA